UAUGAGGCCCCCGCCGCCGGUCGGCGAUGUCCGACUGGAGCUGUCGCCGCCGCUGCUCCCGCCACCGGCUGUAAGCGGAGCUCCGGUCGGCUUGUCCGGGCGUCUCAUGGCCGCUAGCAGCUCCUUGGUGCCCGACCGGCUGCGCCUGCCUCUCUGCUUCCUGGGCGUCUUCGUCUGCUAUUUCUACUAUGGGAUACUGCAGGAAAAGAUAACCAGAGGAAAGUAUGGGGAGGGAGCCAAGCAAGAGACGUUCACCUUUGCCUUAACUUUGGUCUUCAUCCAAUGUGUGAUCAAUGCUGCAUUUGCCAAGAUCUUGAUCCAGUUUUUUGACACUGUCAGGGUGGAUCGUACCCGGAGUUGGCUCUAUGCUGCCUGUUCUAUCUCCUAUCUGGGAGCCAUGGUUUCCAGCAACUCAGCACUACAGUUUGUCAACUACCCAACUCAGGUCCUUGGUAAAUCCUGCAAGCCAAUUCCAGUCAUGCUCCUUGGGGUGACCCUCUUGAAGAAGAAGUACCCGUUGGCCAAGUAUCUGUGUGUGUUGCUAAUUGUUGCUGGAGUGGCCCUUUUUAUGUACAAGCCGAAGAAAGUUGUUGGGAUGGAAGAACACACAGUUGGCUAUGGAGAGCUGCUUCUGCUCUUGUCUCUGACCCUGGAUGGACUGACAGGCGUUUCCCAGGACCACAUGCGGGCUCAUUACCAAACAGGUUCCAAUCACAUGAUGUUGAACAUCAACCUCUGGUCCACGUUGCUGCUGGGAGCUGGAAUCCUGUUCACUGGAGAACUCUGGGAGUUCUUGAGUUUUGCCGAGAGGUACCCUGCCAUCAUCUCAAACAUCUUGCUCUUCGCUCUGACCAGUGCCCUGGGUCAAAGCUUCAUCUUCAUGACAGUUGUAUAUUUUGGUCCCCUGACCUGCUCCAUCAUUACUACAACUCGGAAGUUCUUCACCAUUUUAGCCUCAGUGAUCCUCUUUGCCAAUCCCAUCAGCUCCAUGCAGUGGGUGGGCACUGUGCUGGUAUUCCUGGGACUUGGUCUCGAUGCCAAAUUUGGGAAAGGAGCCAAGAAGACGUCCCAUUAGGAAGAGGGGCACUACCUCCACUCCAAAAAUAUUUAACUUAUUAUCUCAAAAAGUGACAUCGCUUGGGAAAAUGGACUCAAUAGAAACAAGAGACUGGGUUCCAGUCUUUUUUUAAAAUAUAUAUUUAA